CGCGAGGUCGCGGGGCGCCACCGCCCCCUCCUUCGCCGCGCGCGCUUGCGCCCUACCUGUCGGCCGCGCAGCGGCGGGGCAGGGCGGGCGGGCCCCGCCCCUGACCCUCCGGCCCCGCCCCCUCGACCUGGCCGGGCGGCCCGCUGCCGCCCCUCCCCCUCCGGCGGCGGCAGGUGAGGAUGCGGCUGGCCGGGCGCCCCCGCGGCGGCGACAGCGGCCGCCGGGGCUGAGGUCGCUGCCAUGGCUCUGCCGGGCGCCGGGGCGGCGGCCGGCGGCGGGCCGUGCCCGCUGUGGACGGCGCUGUACGACUACGAGGCGAGCGGCGAGGACGAGCUGAGCCUGCGGCGCGGCGACGUGGUGGAGGUGCUGUCGCAGGACGCGGCCGUGUCCGGCGACGACGGCUGGUGGGCGGGGAAGAUCCACCACCGCCUCGGCAUCUUCCCCGCCAACUACGUGACCCGCCAGCCCCCGGCGGCGGGCGGCGGCGGGCGGCGGGAGCCGGCGGGCAGCCUGACGGAGAUCGACUUCCAGCACCUGGAGCUGCAGGAGAUCAUCGGCGUGGGCGGCUUCGGCAAGGUGUACCGGGCCACCUGGCGCGGCCGCGAGGUGGCCGUGAAGGCGGCGCGGCAGGACCCCGACGAGGACAUCACGGCCACGGCCGAGAGCGUGCGGCAGGAGGCCAAGCUCUUCUCCAUGCUGCGGCACCCCAACAUCAUCGCGCUGCACGGCGUCUGCCUGCGGGAGCCCAACCUCUGCCUCGUCAUGGAGUUCGCCCGCGGCGGCUCCCUCAACCGGGCCCUGGCGGCCGCCGCCGCCGCGCCGGGGGCCGCCCGCGGGGGCCGCCGCAUCCCGCCGCACGUCCUGGUGAACUGGGCGGUGCAGAUCGCCCGCGGCAUGCUCUACCUGCACGACGAGGCCAUCGUCCCCAUCCUGCACCGCGACCUCAAGUCGAGCAACAUUCUGUUGCUAGAGAAGAUGGAACAUGAUGACAUUUGCAAUAAAACUUUGAAGAUUACAGACUUUGGUCUGGCUAGAGAAUGGCACAGAACAACCAAAAUGAGUGCAGCAGGAACUUAUGCAUGGAUGGCUCCAGAAGUUAUCAAGUCCUCCCUGUUUUCUAAAGGAAGUGAUAUCUGGAGUUAUGGAGUGUUGCUGUGGGAACUGCUUACAGGAGAAGUUCCUUACCGUGGCAUUGAUGGACUUGCUGUGGCUUAUGGAGUUGCUGUCAAUAAGCUUACUUUGCCCAUUCCAUCCACCUGUCCUGAACCAUUUGCAAAACUAAUGAAAGAAUGCUGGGAGCAGGAUCCUCAUAUUCGACCAUCGUUUGCCUUAAUUCUUGAACAGCUGACUGCCAUUGAGGGGGCAGUUAUGACUGAAAUGCCUCAAGAAUCUUUCCAUUCCAUGCAAGAUGACUGGAAAUUGGAGAUUCAGCAGAUAUUCAAUGAAUUGAGGACCAAGGAAAAAGAGCUACGAUCACGAGAAGAAGAGUUGACAAGAGCAGCUCUUCAGCAAAAAUCUCAAGAAGAAUUACUUAAGCGCCGUGAGCAACAGUUAGCAGAACGCGAGAUCGAUGUACUGGAGCGUGAGCUGAAUAUCAUGAUAUUCCAGUUAAAUCAGGAGAAACCCAAUGUAAAGAAGAGGAAGGGCAAAUUUAAAAGAAGCCGUUUAAAACUUAAAGAUGGACAUAGAAUAAGUUUGCCUUCAGAUUUCCAGCACAAGAUAACAGUGCAGGCAUCCCCCAAUCUGGAUAAGAGAAGGAGUUUAAACAGUAACAGCUCUAGUCCCUCAAGUAGCCCCACAAUAAUUCCUCGUCUUCGAGCUAUACAGUUGAUUUCCAAAACAGAUACAGACACAACUAAUGGCCGAAGAAACAGUGUAUAUGUGUACCAGCAAGAUGUAGAUAUCACAAGUGAAUAUGAACUUCCCAAUGGGGUUAUGAAAAAAGUAACUUCAGAUGAAAGCAACAGAACUUGGGGAAGAAGCACAACUUGUCACCAGGAAGAAUUUGAAGAUGUGAAGAGAAAUUUUAAAAAGAGAGGUUGUACAUGGGGACCGAGUUCAGUUCAAACAAAGGAUCGUGCAGAUUGUAAGGACAAAAUAAGACCCCUUUCAGAUGGCAGCAACCCUUGGUCAACCCUUUUAAUGAAAAAUCAGAAGGGUGUUCCUUUAGCUUCACUGUUUGCUGACCAAGGUGCCUGUACUGAAAAGAGACUUCUCCCUGAAGGUUUGGACACCAAAAGACCAAAGCCAAUUAAGCUGCCGAAUCAGGCCUAUAUUAAUCUACCUCUGUGGAAGGAUGAUCAGGGAGAGAAUACAGUAGAACAUGAAAGCUUUGAAGAAGGAACCUCUGCUAGUUCUACAAAUAGUACUCCUCAAAUGACACCUACAAACAGUCUGAGCAGAACACUGCAGAAAAAGAAGACUGAUUCAGUGCUGUAUGGGUGUGCCGUUCUCCUUGCGUCUGUUGCUCUGGGCUUGGAUAUUAGAGAGCUGAACAAAUCACAAGGUCCAGAUGAACUCUUGCCAAGGGACGAGAAGAAGAAGCGUGAUGGACUAUUUCAGCGAGCUUCAAAAUUUCGCAGGAGUGCCAGCCCUACAAGAUUGCAGUCCACGAAAGAGGAAACAAGUAUUCCAUCCCUAAAUCCAGCUGCAAAUACUGUGAAUCUUAUCUCUAUGCCUUCCAUUUCCACAAAAUGCCUACUUCAGUCUGACAAUGAAGAUGCGUUUGUAAGCGCUGUACUUGGUGAUUGUGAUCCAUGUAGUUCCACAGGUGACUUUCCAUCUGAAUCUUCUGAAAGUCAGAGAGAACAGAGGUUACAGCUGGCUGCUAACACAUUUUCUACGCCAUUAAAGAAUCAAUCUUUUAAUCUUUGUCUGAAACAAGAAUCUCAAAAUGUGCCAAAUGAUUCUUUGUCAAAGUUAAGUGUGUUGGGUCACAGACGAACCUUAUCAGAUGGGAACAAUUUUCAGACCACAGCUAAUGGAUUUGCUUCAACUAAUGAUGUCCCCAAGUUACCAAUGCUGUCAGUUGCUGGAAGUCUACAAUCUCCAUCUGUUCAAGAAAGAAGCAAUCACAGUGGUAUUUUACCUGAAAAACACAGAGCUGUCAAUAUCAUAUCAAGGCCUCGACCUUCUUCUGUUAGAAGUAAAAUUGAUCCAUGGCAGAUUCUUCCACGUGUUAUUAAACCAAACUCUAAAGACCCAGAACAUUUAGAAGGCAAUGUAGGUCCAAAUGUUAACUUCUUACCAGAUACUGAGGAAAGAACUAACUGCCACAUGCCCUCAUUACUUGAUAUUGAUGUAGAAGGUCAAAAUAGAGACUGUACUGUGCCUUUAUGUAGAAUGAAGAGCAAAACUUGUCGGCCAUCUAUAUACGAACUGGAGAGAGAGUUCCUGUCUUGAGUGCCUUUCAUUUUAGAAAAGUUUGCUUUUUAAAGGAGAACCAAACCUCAAAAUCUUGUCCAUCUAAUGCUUUAUGCUGCUGUUUUCUAAUGUACUGUGACAAAUAGUACCAAAAUUACUAAAAUGGGCAGCUAAUUAAGAAAGUGUAAUAGGUGCCUUCUUAAAAUGUUCCUUGGAAUCCCAGCUAGUAACUCUAAAAGCACAAUGCCGCAAAAAUAGUAUUCUAGGUGAACUUGCCAAGCAUAUUUUAAAUGACUAAAAUAACAUACCUGCUUCCCUUCAGAGUAUCACAUACGUUCUCUUUUGGUUUGGAGUUUUUUGCUAGAACUUUAACUUUUGCACACCGAAAAACUGAAUCGCAUACGGAAAGGCUGUGUUCAGUCUGAGAGAGUUUUGCAUAACAAGCAGUUGUCUGCAGCCAGCCUCUUUAUAUCCUGUAGAAUUGGGGAGGGGGGACAGGAGAUUAAAAUGCCAAUACAGAAGUGCUCUUUUCACUCCAAGCUAAGUAGCUGAUUACUUUUUGUCAUUCGAUACUGAAAUUGGUUAAGGACCAGCAAUUGAAUUUGCAGUUUUUGCCCUUGGUUUUGGGGAGAACUUUUCAGCUGUGUACAUUAGUUUCUCCAGAACAUUAUACUGCCUAUAUAAACACGUAGGUUUCAGCCACGAUAUUGAUUUGAGAGGGUUAACUAUAGUAUUGUGAUUGGAUUAAAGGUAUUUGACAUACUUUUGCAUGUGAAACAACAUUCCUUGUAGGUAUGGAUACACUGGAAUGUAAAUAUUUGUACUCUAACUUUUUGAAGACUACAGUGUUUGCACUGAAAGGAAUACUCUCGGUUUGGGAUUUUUUGUUUGUGGUGGAGGGGUUUGCCUUUCUGUUUUGUUUCAUUUUCUUUUGUUUUUAACUCUGUUGCACCUUAUAUUGAGGAAGUGUUUUAAGGGUGAGUGUUGUUUUGUUUUUAAGUGAGCCAACAAUGCAUUUAACUGCAUUUGAAUUUUUAGAACUGCAAAUAUUUAAUAUUAGCUCUUUCACUGUAACUUGUACUGCUUUUCUUCCUGAAAUUGCUACUGAGUGCCCAGUUAUUCAUACUUAGGAAUUAAAGGACAAAACCAGAUAUGUUUGACUGUUUUUCAGGGAUUAAAAAGGUUCCGGAAAAUUCCAAGUAGUUAAUCGUGGGGGGAGGUAUGCUUAACCUUGUCAAAAUUAAUAGUUACUUUUUUUUUUUUUUUUUUACAGUAUACCUAAUUAAGUGAUUAAAUAAAAACAAAUGUAUAGUAUACUUUAUCUGAUGAAAAUAUUACUAGGAUUAAAUGGACAUCCCUUAAAUUCUAGUAUUCGAACUAGUAAUUUUUCAUAUCAUUUGGCACUUAAAUAGUCUUCUUAAAUCAUAUAAUGUUAGAAUAAAAAUUUACAUUCCAAUCAGAACAGUGUUUUAUUAAAAGCUUUGUUUUAAAUGCUGUUUCCCCUUUGCUCUGGGGUCUUGGGAGUUCAGUUGUUAAGUGGAAUUCGCAAUUACUUAAAGCUUCAAAGCCAAGGGAUUAAAAAAGAAAGUUUCUGUUCUAAGACUGGAAUGCAGUACAUUGGUUACCUUGACGAUGACAGAUAAUUAGACGUACAAAAUCAUUAAGUCUUAAUCAUACAGAACAGAAGACAGAAAAAUGCAACUUCCCAGCUCCAGAAGUGGAAAUGAAAAAGGAUUUCCUUAAAGUAUUACUUUUACCAGAAUACAUAACCACUAGCUUUCUGUAAAAGCUAAAUGACUGCAUAGCAGGCUAUAACAUUUUGUUCUGACCUGUUUUUACUUCAGUAAUCCAAGUUAAUUGUCAACAUAAUUCAAGUUUCAUACUGUGUUCUUUGACUUUUCUUUAAACUUUAAUUUCAUCAGAACUCUUUAGUAUUAUAUCUAUUCUGGUUUUAAUAUGAUGGGAUCAUAAAAUGUAGUCAAUUAUGUAAUGCACAUGGAUCAAAUUUCAAGUAUAGUUUGAUAGCAGAUUUAUCUUUAAGGCUUAAUUAAAAAUUUGGAGCAUUAUGUAUAUUUCAACUCCUUUGGGAUCAGUUAUUCCUAUGUAAUAUUGAGAGAAAUUGAGUUGAUUGUAUUACAGUUUCUGAAGAAAGUAUCUCUGUUUGGCUUUCUACAGGAAAAUCUCAGGUGCUGUAGUAAUUUUGGCUUGUAAACUUCUGUUCUGUACUUUUAAGGUUUAUAUCAUUAUGAAUGUUGAAUUUUGCACUCUAUGUUUUGUAAUUAAUCAGCAUAAAAAGCCCUUGUGGGCUUAUUGUUUUCACUUAUCAGUGCUCAUCAUCUCUCGUUAUUAAAAAAGAAAAAAGAUUUCUGUUGAUGUUUAGUGGAUAAUUUUGCUUAAAAAUGCCUCAUAUGCUAUGACCAACCCAGUUCAUUAUAAUUGAUUUAGGAGUAUGUGCUCCACCUCUCAUUCUGAGAGAGUUUAGGUAAGCCAUCUCAAACAUUUUUCUUGGUGAUGUAGUUUUUUUUUAGCUAGAGUCUAUAGUGCUUUAUCAUUGUUUUUCAUAGUGUAGAAUGGUGGGCCAGUCUUCACUGAAAUUGAAAAAAAAAAUUAGUAAAAUCAUGGUUUCACAAUCUGUAUUUCACUUGUCACCAGAGAAACUCUUUAUAAAGUUAUGGUAAUUUGGUAGCCAUUAAGUGGUCUGUCUUGGUAAAAGGUAUAUUUAUUUCAAUGUAGGUUAAUAGUUUGACCAGAUAAAUAAUAACUUAUGUUGAUUGUCUUAGCAGAAAACUGAAGGUGCUUACACUACGAAGAUUAAGAUAAAUACUUGACAUGCUGUUUUACAAAACCUGAUGAUUUAAAUGUUUUUUUAUUUAAAAAAAAUAAAUAAAUGUUUUGUAGCUACUGUA